AGCUGUGUUUUUACAGUUCCACUACGGACGAGUUAAAAGGAUACACUAUUUUGAGCUUCAAUAACCAAUGGUGGCUGACAGAAGGGGUUGUUCGUGCUGCAGUUGAAUUAGAGACGGUACUAUUCUAAGACCAUGAAUGAUCAGCCAUGGACCAGAUCACUUUUAAUCAUGAUACGGUGCUGUCAGAAAUUCACAUGCUGCUGCCCAAUGCACGCCGCCUUAUGACACGCCUCAACUGUGUUGGACAGCCUGUCUUCAUCUCCAAAUUCAAGCUCUUCUCAGAUGGUGAAGCACAUGACAACAGUGAUCCAAGGAAAGGUUUAGAGGAGGAAUAUGAUAACUCGAGGGAACAUGGGGAAAAAGACAUGAAGGCUGCCCUAGGAAAUGUGGAACCAUUGUUGGAUGAGGAUGGAGACCUUGACAUCACGCAGCGGCCGAGGAAAAAUACUGAGGCUAGCAGCCGAGAAGUGGUCUGUCCUGUCAUUCUCAAACAGUCCGGCCUUGUACUGGAACAAGAAGAGGAGAAUCCAGAUGAUGAAGCUGAUAAAUGCCUCAAAGACAUUAUAAGGAUUGAGCACACUAUGGCCACACCCCUGGAGGAUGUCGGAAAACAGGUGUGGCGAGGGGCGUUCCUCUUGGCUGACUUCAUCCUCUCUAGGCCGCUCAUGUUCAGAGGAGCUACAGUCCUAGAGCUGGGAGCGGGAAUAGGCUUAAGCAGCAUCAUCAUGGCAACUGUAGCCAAAACAGUAUACUGCACAGAUGUAGGAGAAGACCUUCUAAGCAUGUGCAAGAGAAACGUAACAUUAAACAAACACAUGAUGGAGCCUACAGGUGGUGAGGUGAGAGUGAGACAGUUGGAUUGGCUCCAACGUGACCUCUGUACAGAUGCUGACGUGGAAUUUAGCUGGACAGAGGAGGAAGUCGCAGAUAUGUAUAACAACACUAGCGUCAUCAUUGCUGCUGAUGUUUGCUACGAUGAUGAUCUGACGGAUGGAUUUUUCCGAACGCUUUACCAACUCUGCAGUAGCUUUACUCACACCUGCAUGAUUUUCAUCUCCAUUGAGAAAAGGAUGAACUUCACGCUGCGACACAUGGAUGUUUCCUGCGAGGCUUACGACCAUUUCACCCAGUGUCUGUCCCAGCUCCAGGACUUAGUGGAUGGACGAUGCAGCUUCAGAGUGCAGCAGCUCUGUUCUAACUUUGCACAAUUUCUUCAGUAUGAACGUGUAGAGCAGCUGGAGCUGUGGAAGGUCAUGGCCACUCCACUUGCAUUUGACAAAACCCUCUCUGAUUCCUCUUCUUGACCUGGACUCGCAUCAGAGCAGUGUGAACACUGUGCAGUCUUCACUGCCAGGCACACAGUUUGCUCCUUUCAGCAGCUGAAGGUUUAACAUGUAAACUAUAAAAGCUGAAGGCAACACUACCUGUUCCUAUGUGAGUAGCAUUUUUAAAAAAUAAUAAUUCACUAUAUACCUGCAUUUUGACAAAAGGAGUUUGUCAGGGAGUUGAAAAUAAAUGUAUUAUUAAUUUAAAAAUGGGUUAGCAUAAUUUAUUUCUCAACUUGAUUCAUGCCUUCUUACAUGGUCAGCUGUGGUUAAGACAUUUUGAGGAAAUGGAAGAACUCUAACUUUGUUAACUGAGAGUCACCUAGAGCUGCAUGCCUGAUUCAAAACCAAGUCGAAUAAAGUGUUACCACAGGCUGAAUGAAAA